AUGGGCGGUGGCUGCGCUGGUUACACGCCGCCGCCGCCGGUCCUAGCCUCUGCCAAUCCGCCGCAGGUCCAAUCCUCCGCCAAGCCGCCGUCGCUGUCGGUCCCAGCCUUCACCGAGGUGCCACUGUCGGUCCCUACCUCAGCCGGUCCCAACCUCCACCGCCGCAUUCUUCGUCGCCCCUCACACGACGCCUCCGCCGCCACAUUCUUCCCCACCCCCUCCCGUGAUGCCUCCACCCCGUCUGCCACGUCCUACCCGUCCUACGACCACCGGUUCCCCACGCUCAUGGACAUCACCCUCGUGGUUGGCUCCAGGGAGAAGGGCGCCGCGUGCGUGGACGGGACCCCGCCUGGGUACCACUGGCUCCCGGGGUUUUGGGACGGGUCCGACAAGUGGCUCCUCCACUUGGAGGGUGGAAGCUGGUGUAGGAACCUGACAUGGUGCACUCAGCGCAAGGAGACAAAUCUAGGUUCCUCUGACCACAUGGAAACGCGGGCCGAGUUCGUCGGCAUCUUGAGCAACGAUGCAUUGCAGAAUCCUGACUUUUACAAUUGGAAUAAAGUGAAGGUAAGGUAUUGUGAUGGUGCACAUGUGUAUUGA